AUGCUGCACGAACUGCCUACAGAGAUCGCUCUCUACAUAGCAUCCUAUCUCCCAUUACAAUCUAUCCGCAAUAUCUCGCUCGUGUCCAGAGCAUGGCACGGUCUGAUCACAGAAAACGUCCAGGCAGUUCACCGCAAAGCAGCCAUCCUACAUCGCUUCGUCCUCCAUACCGAUCUUCAGGCUGAUUCCUCUGGUCAAAAACCAGAUACAAAGAAGAUAGACUGGUUUCAACUCUGUCAAAGACGAUUGCAGAUCGAGAGGGGUUGGCGAGGCAAGGCUCCGUCCAUCGCGAGGGAGCUGAAUUCCACCGGCAAAUUCGUGCAUCGAAUAAAGGUUGACCAGAAGGAGAAAUUCGUGAUGACUACCCGCCACAAUGGAGGCCUCUCCGUGACCGAUUACGAUACUGAUCGCGUACUUUGGGCAACAACUCACGUAACCGAUUACGCUCACUGCGAAUAUGACCAUGGCUACAUCAUCCUCAACCGUCACGAUGAUAGCAAGGAAGUAUGGCGCUACGCCCGUGACUUUCAAGACUCUGAAAUCCCAGAGGUCUUCAAGCCUGACGAGUCCAUGAUCGAUGCAUCGCACGAAGCUGCUCAGCGUCAUGCCUCCCCAACAAAUCAUGGCCAUUUCAGACCCUGGGCUCUCCUCCACAUGCCAGAGCCGACCCGUGCAUUCCGCUUCUCGUACCCAACGCUGCUUUCGGCCGGCGCAAAUUACGCUUAUUUGUGGGACGUGCCGACUUCCCAUCUUGUUGAAACGAUCAGCAACAUUCAGGCGCCCAAUCAAGAUGGGACCCUAGGGACCCUCUGCUACGUUGAAGUCAAUGACCAAUACGCUUUCUUCUGCGGGUCUAAUCAACUACGCAUCUUUGCAAGGGGCGGUGGUGCCUUGGUCUAUCACCUGUGCAUGAAAGAUUUGCAGCGCAUCAACUGGGAUGUGCUUCCAGAUAAUAACGAUGACCCGUGCCCUUCAUCGCUCUUUCAGCCCCAACGACUUCAUGAGGCAUAUCACGUCUCUUCCACAUCUCCGAGCACAUUUGUUGCGGCCCAUGUGUCCACCUCGGGCAAGGACAUCGCAGUCCUCACCGCAUCAGGGAUCUUCAUUUGGAUUCCGGGCUUUGAACGACUCUUCCAUCGCGAGGUCACUCUUGGCGAUAUAGCAACCUUCCUCAAUUUCAGCGCCUCCAGAAGCGACGUCCGAGAUACCUCUGUCUAUCUGGCCCUCGGAGAAUCAAAUGAAAAGGCCGCAAUCGCAACUCGCAAGGGUUUGUUUAUAGUGUCUCUAGACCCUGAAAUCAGCAAGUUGACUGCGGAGGCACCUCGCCGCCCUGGCCUAUCCGUCUGCCGCAUAGCAAAAUACGACGACAGCCGAUACCUAUCCUCUAUAUCAUGUCUGCAAAUGACAGAUACCGGCCUCUUCUUCAACUGGUACCCGUCCUUAGAGCAAAGCAGACCUGCUCAGCCGGCACGGCGCAUGAUGGUGAUCCCGCCUCCGCAUCAUGGGCAUCUUCCGGUGCCUAUUCAGGUUAUGCCGCCGCCCCAACCUCAACCUCAGCAUACGAAUCAGGUUCAUGCACCUGUUCAAACCGUGUUGGCUGUUGGAUUGGAGGGGCAGAGUGAUCACCUUCCUGGGCUUGACCCCAUUGAGUCUAGUGAUGAUGAUGAGAUAGGGGAAGAUGUAGUUCCUGAUCCACCUUCUCCCAUUAUCGUCGACGAAGCUGGUCCGCCCCCGUUGGUCGAAACGUACGAAGAGGAAGAGGUCGAGAUUGAUGGAGGAGAUCUCGUAGUGGACGAAGACACAGAUGAUUCUGAGAUGGAGGAAGCGGAGGAUGAGACGAUUGAUGAUCUUCAGUUCGGUGGUGAUGGUAAGUGGUUAUCGUGUCAUUGUGAGUUCUUGAUCUGA